UUUCGCCCAAUUCCUUUGCGUUGAUUUGUCGUUCAGGAAGGAAAUACCGCCUCACCUUACAAUGUCUCGUUCACUCGCCCGCCUCUUCUCCAGUGAAGCCAAGAAUCUGUCACUGGGACCAGCUUCAUGCCCAAUAGGCUCAUCAUCAGUCUCCGCUUCUUCAUCUCUUCCACCUUUGCGAUAUCAUAUCUUCAAGGAACCUCUGCCGUACCCAAUCGGGCUGAAAUUGCAAAACGACAUAAUCGAUCGAAGGCUGGCGGCAAAGAGCAAGGAUCCUAUAGGCAGUAAGGGUCUUGGGGAUAUCAUCCUUCUCUUAGAACAUACGCCAACAUACACUACCGGCAGACGAGACAACACGCCUAAUCCCAAUGAACUUCAUCCGGAAGAAAAAAAGGUGCAAAAUGUUGGAGCUAGCUUUUUCAUUACAAAAAGAGGGGGACAAGUGACCUACCACGGCCCUGGACAACUAGUUGGGUACCCUAUACUGGAUUUGAAUGUCAUGGAAACUCCUACACGAUGUUAUGUCGAGUUUUUGCAAGCUAUGCUUGGUAAUUAUGUCCGAGAUACCUCGGCUCUUGACACCAUCCUUGCACCUCAUCCCGACGGACACGUUGGAGUCUUCUCUUCUCCCACCGAAAAGGUUGCCUCCAUAGGUAUUCAUCUCCGCCACCGCAUAACUUCUCACGGUUUCGCUAUGAACAUUACCCCCGAACCUAUUGCCUGGUUCGACCUCGUCAUGGCUUGUGGCCUCGCAGACGUUCGCGCGGUGUCAUUACACAACCUGAUUACCCGGGGCGCAAUGCGGGACCGGAUAAUGCCGUCAAAGUUGCCGAGUGUGCAGGAUGUGGCCAGGUCUAUUAUGCCCAGGUUUGGCGAAACGUUUGGGAGGGAAAUUAAGGCGCUUGAUGACCGAGAUUCUGGCGAGGCUGGGGAGGUUUGGGGACUUGUUCAGAAGGCUGAGCAGGAUGCUAGGGAGAAGAAUGCCAAUCAUGGGGGAUGGCCUUCUGAGCCUGAUUCGACCCAAAGAGCUUAGAGAGUAUAAUUAUACAUGCUUACGACGACAUCUAUCAGGAUAUGCUUAUACCGACCAGGUAUCAAUAAUUAGGAUUUGUUCUAAUGACCAGCCGCAAUUCUUUCUGUAUCCCCGGACACCUCUGUAUUCUUUGGUUUAUAGAACACCAAGAAACCAAUCACCCAUAACG